AUGCCCCCGAAGAAGAAGGUCGUAGAUGAAGCUGCCGAGACCGGCGGCGACGGUGCAUUCCGCUGGACCCCCGAGAACGAGCGCGCACUCUUCGUCCUAAUCAUUGAACGCCAACUCACCACAGACGACUAUCACAAGAUCGUCGAAGCUCUUCCACCCGGCGCAAACUACAACGGCGUCCGCCAGCGCAUCUCCAAGUUACGCAAGGAGCAGCGCGAGCGCUUCACCGAACUCGGUUGGGACAUGCCAGAUGGUGUUGCGACCAAGACACCUACCAAGGCUGCGGCUAAGACUGGUACACCGAAGAAGAGGGCUGCAGGUGGUGCGGAGAAGGGCGAGGAGCUUGGUGGUGCUGAGGGAGAGACUGAGUCACCUGCGAAGAAGCCGCGUGCGAGGAAGGGCAAGAAGGAGGUUGUUAAGAAGGAGGUCGAGGAGGAUGACGGACUUGGUGGUGAGAUGGAGGUGGAGGAUGGCGGUGUCAAGGAGGAGUUGGUUGGAGAUGAUUUGUAG